AUGGCAUCCUCAAGGCCUCACCCCCUUGACCCAUUGACGCCAUCGGAGAUUGGAACAACUGCGAAUCAUGUCCGCUCGGCAUUUCUCGGCCAAAGUGUAUACUUCCGAGUCAUCACAUUGUCCGAGCCCGUCAAGACAGAGAUGAUCGCUUUUUUGGAUGCGGAACACAGUUCUGGCAGCGAGCCCUCGUUGCCGUAUCCAGCCCGACUUGCCAUGGUCCAGGCAUUCUUGGGCGCACGCAACAGUGAUAACUUCUACCAGCUCAAGGUCAAUGUCGCAUCGGGCGAAAUUGUUCAGAAGAAGCAAUUGACUGGCUGUCACCCGCAUGUCGAUGUCAAUGACAUGCAAAAGACCGAAAGUGCAUGUCUGGCCGAUCCGCAGGUUCAAGCUGCCAUCAAAGACAUGAAAUUGCCCGAAGGAGCCAUCGUCAAAGUCGAACCGUGGACUUAUGGGACAGAUGGUAUGAAUGAUAUGAAGCAAAAGAUUACCAUGUGCUACUUCUACAUGCAGCUCAUCACACACUCGGAUGCAAACUACUAUGCGUACCCGCUUCAAUUGUGUGUCGAGAUGUCUGGAGACGCUCAGGUGCUCAAGAUCUAUUAUCUUCCUCAGGGCACUUCGAAUGAUGUCAGCACCACAGCCACACCAUACGACUCGAGGAAGAUCCACGACUCAAGCAUCGAAUACCAUCCGGAUCUGGUGCCGAACCAUCGCACCACCACCAAACCAUAUCACGUCUCUCAACCUGAGGGCCCCUCUUUCCAGGCCAAUGGCAAUCUCAUCACGUGGGAGAAAUGGAGGCUUCGGGUCGGCUUCAACUAUCGCGAGGGCCUUACCCUCCAUGAUGUCCGCUAUGGCGGUCGCAGUCUGUUCUACCGACUAUCUCUUUCCGAAAUGUUCGUCCCUUACGGUGACGGCCGCAUGCCAUAUAACCGCAAAGCAGCAUUCGAUCUAGGCAAUGACGGAGCGGGAGUCAAUUCCAACAAUUUGCGGCUUGGUUGCGAUUGCCUUGGCCACAUCACAUACUUUGAUGGGUGGCAUACCACCAGCGACGGGACGCCGAUCAAACUCCCAAACGCAGUGUGCUGCCACGAGGUUGAUGACGGGAUUCUGUGGAAACACACUAAUUUCCGAACGGGCAAUGCCGUGGUGACGCGCGCGAGAGUUUUGGUUCUCCAGACCAUCAUAACGGUCUCCAACUAUGAAUACAUCUUCGCCUUCCAUUUCGGACAGGACGCGUCGCUGCACUACGAAGUCCGAGCCACCGGAAUUGUCUCGACCGUGCCGAUCAACAUAGGCGACAGGGUCCCGUACGGCACGACAGUUGCCCCGGGCAUUAUGGCACCUUACCAUCAACACAUCUUCUCGCUCCGAAUCGACCCGGCCAUCGCAGGGAACAAGAACUCUCUCGUCGUCGAAGAAUCACAUCCAAUGCCAAUCCAAGAUCCGAAAGUUUACAACCCGUUCGGGAUCGGCUACACCACAACCUCCCAGAUCGUAGAGAGUGAAGGGGCCCUCGACCUCGACCACACCGUCAACCGGACCUUCAAAAUCAUCAACGAGGACGUCAUCAACCCCGUGACGAACGGCCCCGUAGGCUACAAGCUAACCCCCUUCUACAGCCAAAUGCUGCUGGCACACCCGUCAUCGUACCAUGCAAGACGCUCUGAAUUCGCCGCCCAUGCCGUCUGGGUCACACGGUACCACGAUGACGAACUCUUCGCCGCCGGCCAGCAUACCAUGCAGUCGCUGGGCGGGCAGGGGAUCGCGUCGUGGAUCAAGAAGCGCCAAGACGACCAGAAACUGGAGACCAGUGUGAGGAACGAGGAUAUCGUCGUCUGGCACUCGUUUGGGUCUACCCAUAACCCCCGUGUCGAGGACUGGCCCGUCAUGCCGUGUGAGAAGAUGACGGUGGGGCUCAAGCCGGUGAAUUUCUUCAACGCGAAUCCGGCCAUCGACGUUGCUGUCUCGACGCAGGAGAGGAACAGGAGUGUUUUGGUUAACGAUGCCCGUGCUGGAGAUGGUGUCUUGGUUAAUGGCCACUGUGCGAGGUGA